ACGUGUCGAGUUUGUCCCUCUUUACUUUCCGUAGCAACACAAGUAUGGCGGUCUGAGAGUUGUGACAACUAUGUUUUGAUGGUGUAAAUCCUGGUUUUUACCUUUUCUAAUACAUCCUUUCCUUGGAAUACGUAUCCAACUGAUUUAAUAACCAUAUUGCGACUCAGACCACCAUGCCGUCGGCCUGUGACUCUCUGAUUGAAGACAUUGAAGACAUGGUGUCUUCUAGCGACCCCACUCCUAAUGAGAGGCAGUUUGCUAGAAAGAGUAUCAUACCGAGGUCCAGAAAGAAAAAAGAGAUUCUGGGAAAUGAGGAGCUCCAAGCUGACAGUGUGAUCCCUGGCACCCAGAAAGUCUGGAUGAAAACGUGGGGCUGCAGUCAUAACAACUCAGAUGGAGAGUACAUGGCUGGACAGCUAGCUGCCAGCGGAUACAAGAUGACUGAUGACCCAUCAGAAGCAGACCUGUGGUUGCUGAACAGCUGCACCGUGAAAAACCCUGCAGAGGACCACUUCAGAAACUCAAUCAAAAAAGCCCAGGAGCAAGAGAAAAAGGUGGUAGUAGCAGGUUGUGUUCCCCAGGCCCAGCCACGGAUGGACUACCUCAAAGGGCUCAGCAUCAUAGGGGUUCAACAGAUUGAUCGAGUGGUGGAAGUAGUGGACGAAGCUGUUAAAGGUCACUCAGUUCGUCUGUUGGGUCAGAAGAAAGACGGAGGCCGGAGACUGGGAGGAGCCAGACUGGACCUGCCCAAGAUCAGGAAGAACCCUCUAAUUGAAAUCAUCUCCAUUAACACCGGGUGUCUGAAUGCAUGUACCUACUGUAAGACUAAGCAUGCCAGAGGAGACCUGGCCAGCUAUCCCAUAGAGGAGCUGGUGGAGAGAGCCAGACAGUCUUUCCAAGAGGGAGUGUGUGAGAUCUGGUUGACCAGUGAAGACACAGGAGCCUAUGGUAGAGACAUCGGGACAGACCUGCCCACGCUGCUGUGGAGACUGGUGGAGGAGAUUCCUGAAGGAGCCAUGCUUAGGCUGGGUAUGACCAACCCACCAUAUAUCCUGGAACACCUAGAGGAGAUGGCAAAGAUAUUGAAUCAUCCGCGUGUCUAUGCCUUCCUUCAUGUUCCUGUGCAGUCGGCAUCAGACAGCGUCCUGAUGGACAUGAAGAGAGAGUACUGCAUUGAUGACUUCAAAAGAGUGGCGGACUUCCUCAAAGAGAGGGUCCCAGGUGUAACCAUCGCUACAGACAUAAUCUGCGGUUUUCCUGGUGAGACGGACGAAGACUUCCAAGAGACAAUAGACUUGGUGAAAUGCUACCGAUUCCCCAGUCUAUUCAUCAACCAGUUCUACCCCAGACCUGGCACACCAGCUGCCAAAAUGGAACAAGUACCAGCACAUGUGAAGAAGCAAAGGACUAAAGAACUGUCACAACUCUUCCACUCUUACAACCCCUAUGACCACAAGGUUGGGGAGAGGCAACAUGUGUUGGUGACCGAGGAGUCAUUUGAUGCCCAAUACUACGUGGCUCAUAACAAGUUCUAUGAACAGGUGCUUGUACCCAAGAGGUCAGAGUUCAAAGGGAAGAUGAUUGAAGUGGACAUCUAUGAGGCAGGAAAACACUUCCUGAAAGGCCAACCAGUGGAGGACAGUAAACCUUUCACUCCAUCCAUUGCUACACCACUUCAGAAAGGAGAGGUGUCUGGCCUGAUGCAGGAGAAGAUGGCCAACGGUGUCCAUGGUUCUGCCUCUAUGUCGUCCUCUUCGGUUUUGUUGAUGGGGUCUUACAGUCUGGACAGGGAAGUAUUGAAGAAGCUGGGGAUUGGACUCGCACUGGCAGCGGCCAUAUUGGCUUUCAUUGUGGAAAAGCUGUACUAGUGGAGCAGUUGUGGACUAGAAGAGGAUCGUGAAGCAGGAAGAAGACAGUGACAUCAUUGGGGCCUUAACAGUGUGUUUGAAGGAGCUGAAUAACAUGACAAAGGAUCUCCUUCUCUCCUGUAACAUACUCGACAAGCUCUCAUUCAAUUUUAAAUGAGCCAAAAGAAGAAGUCAGUGACAUAUACACGGUCAAGGAUUAUUUGAAUAUUGUUGAGAUUUGUUCUCUUGUUUUUAGUACAGUUAGAUUUUUAAUUAAAGAGCAUAGCUUCCCACUCCGUCAGUUAACAAGAAAUAACCAAAUGGGCAAUGACAGGUCAGCAGACCUCAGCAAACACUUUUCAUACAAGCUUUUUCGGUAUAAAUCACAUCCUAGAUAUUCUAGAUUUUGAGUAGAAUCUUUCAUCAGCAGAUUCUGUUUGAUAUUUCUAUUUCAUACAAACAUGAACAUUUUCUAAGUUCAGGCUGCUAAAGGAAACGCUGUGCUUGGUCUGCUGUUCGCUGAUGACUGCAGCCUGACAUUUCCAUAUUCACCGAUAAGUUAAGCACAACUCAACAAGCUGAUACUCUUGGAAAACACAUUCUGGACUUUCUCAUCAUCCACCAGAGUAAAGUCAGAGGAUAAUCAAACUGUCAAUGUGCAGCUUCUUGAGUUUCGGAGUCAUUCUUAGGUGUUAAUGAACUAUCCAGCUUUUUUCCCCCCAGCGAUUAUGAGCUGCAUAGGCUUUGAAGUCCUGUUUUAUAGACUUUGCCAUCCUCCAUUUGGCAGAGUGAGUUGUUCUUACUUUACAUGUUGUUUUAUUUUGUGGAGAGCUGUAGCAAUCUGUACAAUACUCUUGAUUAAAAGUCAUUUGUAACUUUGUUUUUCAAAGUAUUUAUUUUUGAAUGAGAGUCAUGAACAGUAUAUUUUCAGAGCCACGUAAUGGACACAUUUGAAUUUGUUUUAGUUGUUAAUCUUUCAUUUUAGUGGUUGUUAAAAAUGGUUUUGAUUGUUUCAUUUUUUUGGUUUUUGCCUCAUACAUCAAUGUCAGAUGUGGAAUUAAUUAGUAAUAUUUAUCUUACCUGAUUAGUUUGACAUACAUGGCCAUGUCAAUGUAUUUGUAUGUGAUGACUUGGUCUGGUGCCAACUUAAAAGUCUGUUUCAUAUUUUCUCACUCACCUGUAGUGGUCUCAUGAUGAUAUCCAACCCUGAGAUCUCUGCUGCCUCCUCAGUACAGUAAAAUGAAGGUGAAUGGACUUACAUUUGUGGAGCUCACAGUAUUGAAAAUCCAACAGCAACACAAAAAGCAUUACCCCUGCUACUCUGGAUAAGUCACAGAACACACCAUCAUCUGUUUCUACUGGGAUUUUGACUUUGGUAAAAAUGUUCCAGUGAAAACUGUCUACAGUGAAAUCUAUGGCUUAUCUAAAGCACCACAAACAAAUUUGAAAUAACUUGUAUUGGUCUUGCAGCAACAAUCUCAAGAAUUGGGCAAAUAAAACCAAAACUGUUAGCAUUUGUAGUCAUCCCUAGAGGUUUUUUUUUUGUUCUCCUAUAAAUCAGGUGAACUGACCCUGUAAUAUUAUUCUGUUGAUUUGGACUACUUGUGGCUUAUGAAUCAUUAUUGUACACAGACUAAAUAUUGUUUCUGUUCUUCUUGAUUUCCAUUUUCACAACCGUAUAAAACAUAACAGCGUUCAAUAAAGUCAAUGUGUCAUGAUUGACAUGACUGAA